AUUUGAACGCAUUUUUAUAGUUACAAUUCUACAUUUUAAUCGCUAUUUCAAUCUCAUUAGUAUCCGAAAAGUUUCUUUACCUUGUUUCAAAUGAAAACAAUUUAUUGCAAUAAUAUCUAAUUGAUUGUAUAACAAGUGCAUCCAACGUUGUCGACUGUGCUGACAACCUUCUCUGUGUCUCAAUUACUUCUCGGCUCCGGCAUAGAAAUCCGCAAUGAACAAAGAGGCGCCCGAUGUCCUUGAACUGAGCCAAGGUGUGACACCGCUCAACCUCAGCACAGAAUCCGGCUUCUAUGCCGAUUGGAAGCAAAUCUACCACGUGGACACAGAGCAGGCCAUAUUGAAUCCAUAUCCAAUUGAUACGAUCAUGCCGUCGAUCACACGACUGAUCUCCACACUGUGCGCUCAGUUUCGACUUUCGCACACGAUAGAAUUUUCUUCCAUAGACACGUUGGAACAGUUUCUGAUCAAGGUUGUUGCCGGUGGACGGGGAGCUCCGGUGAGAGAAAGCUACCUCCAGCAAAUGCCGAUGUAUGCAGUAAGUGUGGUUAAUUUGGUUAGUAAGUACUUCGAUGCCCACACCAAACUGGAUUGCAAUGGCAUUCAGCGCAUAUUUGCUAAAUUCAAUCCAGCCGUUGCUUGGUCCAGCAAUCGGACAAUGGAAUUGGAAUUUGAAGUUCUCAAAAAGUUGAAUCACAAGAUUUACCACUCCCUUCUCCUGGGUGCGGUAGAGCGCUUUGCAAAAGAUCACAUCUUAACAAUCGACGUCGUCGGGAAGGAUCACUUCGGAAAGGUUGGAGUCAAGCUUCUGCGUGUUGUGUAUGCGCAAAAGCAUUACAUCUACAAGAGUUUGCGAUCACGCGUAAGCUCCGAGGACAUGUUCGUACGGUUCAAGUCAAACAAAUUGAUUCUGGCAGCCGCGAUAGUUAUGGCUAUCUUGAAACUGUGCGGAGUUGACCAGCAGCAAGUAGUGGACAGUGUCGCCGAAACAUUGUCGAACGAAUGCUUUGUUGAGGCGAUGAACAUAAUUUUUCUGCGGGAUGCGAUAUUGAAUGUAUUUAAUUGUUGAUUUAUGAAGUGCGAAAUACAUGCUCAAGCUUCGCAUAAAAACAUAAUAAAAUGUAAUACUUUCGUUUUGGUAUGCAAUCGUCAAUGAACCCUUGCAUGCAGCGACCAAACGAUAGAGUCGUGGCGACAGUCGCGUUUGUUUGGGAGAGCAUUUAUACAUAUAUAUGUAUCGUUAUUUAGAUG